AUGACCGCCCCCCGGGUCUACUCCGACCGCGCCAUCCGCGAAAUCGCCAUCCCUCCUCCUCCGGGCUCCGCCCACGCUGUCCCCGUUGCCGGGACCGAGAGGGCAGAUCGCACUCCCAUCUACAGGCACUGGCGAUUCCGCGAUGGACCUCUCCUCACCACAUACGACCCCUCGAUCCAGAGCACCUAUGAUCUUUUCCAGGAUGCCGUGAGGAAGUUCCCCAACUCCAGGUGUCUUGGCACCCGGCCUUGGAACGCCCAGACAAAGACGUGGGAGAACAAGUACGUUUGGCAGACGUACUCGGACGUUAACAAGCGAAGCAAGAAUCUCGGUGCUGGACUUGUCGAGAUCCACAAGAAGAUCGGUAUUACCGCCGACAAGUUCGGUGUUGGCUUGUGGUCGCAGAACCGCGCCGAAUGGCAGAUUGCUGAUUUCGGUAUCGUAUCUCAGUCUCUCUACACCGUCUCCCUGUAUGAGACUCUCGGCCCCGACACUACCGAGUAUAUCAUGAACCACGCCGAGCUUACCAGCGUCCUCUGCUCGUUGCCCCAUAUCCCCACUCUCCUCAAGCUUGCCCCGCGCAUUCCGACGUUGAAGAUCAUCGUCUGCCUCGACUCGAUGGAGGCCGGUGAGCAAUCCGGACACACUAAGCUUGAGGUCCUCAACUCCAUUGCCGCCCAGAGCGGAAUCCAGGUCUACUCCUUGGCCGGCGUUGAAGCUCUUGGUGCCGAAUCCGGAAGGCAGCCCGUUCCCCCUCGUCGUGAAGACAUCGCCACCAUCAACUACACCUCCGGUACCACCGGCGUGCCCAAGGGUGUCGUCCUCACCCACGGUAACGCCGUUGCUGCCAUUUCUGGAGCUCGAUCUGCCGGCACCGUAGGCCCCAAGGACGUCCACAUCUCUUACCUUCCGUUGGCGCAUAUCUACGGCAGGAUGGUCGAUAUGACGGCCCUUGCCGAGGGUGCCUGCGUCGGCUAUUUCCACGGUGAUAUCGCCGGACUUGUUGACGACAUGAAGCUUCUCGGCCCCACAGGAUUGAUGUCCGUACCGCGCCUCUUCAACAAGUUCAACUCGGCGCUCCGAACGGCCACCGUCGAGGCCGAGGGCGUCAAGGGAGCUCUCUCGCGCCACGUCAUCAACACGAAAAAGGCCAACAUGCGAAAGCCCGCCGGCUCCGCCUCCAACACCCAUCUCCUCUACGACCGCAUCUGGACCCCCAAGGUCCGUGCCGCCGUCGGCCUACAGAGGUGCCACAGCAUGGUCAGCGGAAGUGCCAUGCUCGACCCCGACGUGCACGAAUUCCUCCGUGCCGCUUUCGGCAACUCGUUCGCGCAGGGCUAUGGUCUAACGGAGUCGUACGCCGUCGCCUCGGUCCAACUCCGACAGGACUUCACCAUCGGCAACGUCGGCCCGCCGGCCCCCUGUGUUGAGGUCUGCUUGGAGUCGGUCCCUGACCUUGAGUACUCGGUGAAUGACAAGCCGUGCCCGAGGGGUGAGCUCCUUCUUCGUGGCCCCUGCAUUUUCCGCGAAUACUACAAGAACGACGAGGAGACCAAGAAGGCGCUCGACGCCGACGGCUGGUUCCACACGGGCGACAUCGCGGAGAUCGAUAGCCUCGGCCGCAUCAAGAUUGUCGACCGCAAGAAGAACGUGCUCAAGCUUUCGCAGGGAGAGUACAUUUCCCCCGAGAGGAUCGAGAACGUGUACACGGGCAGCACCACGCUCGUGGCCACGGCGUACGUCCACGGCGAUCCCACGCAGUCCACGCUCGUGGCCAUCUUCGGCGUCGACCCCGCCAUCUUUGCGCCCUGGGCUAGCAACAUUCUCAAGAAGCCUGUCGAUGCGGCCGAUGUGGAGGGCUUGAGGGCGGCGGGUGCUGACCCUGCUGUGAAGAAGGCGUUCCUUAAGAUCCUUGAUGGUAUCGGUAGGCGUCACAAGUUUAACAGCUUCGAGAGGGUUCGCAAUUGCCUCCUUCUCGUCGAUCCGUUCACCGUCGACAACGAGCUGUUGACGCCAACUCUUAAGCUCAAGAGGGCGCCGGUAGCCAAGGCGUUCAAGGCGGAGAUCAGCCGCAUGUACGAGGAGAUCGCAGCCGAUCCCGCCCUCACGGCCAAGGCUAAGCUGUAA